CCCAGCUCCCAGCACCCAGGGACUGCAGACCGCAGCGCCGCGUCACGUGACCACCCCAGCCCACAGUUCCAUGGACGAAAAACAGAGACUCCUGGGCCAACCCCUUUCCACUCCUGCUUCCAAGUCCAAGCCCAAGAAGAAAAGGACAGCAAUGAUAUCUUUCUUUUCUAAGGUUUCCUGGAAACUGAGGUUCCAGAAGCGGGAACCUUUGAAGAAUGUGUUUUUCAUCUUGGCAGAAAGAGCCCGGGACCCCAGUGCUAAAAAGCGCCACCUGGCAAUGAGAGUUCUGGGCACCAUGGCCCAUGAAGCCCCCAACCAGGUGAGAAAGCAUAAGAAAAUUAUGCUAGACCUGCUGGUGCACGGACUCUAUGACCCUGUGAGUCCUGAAGUCAUCCAUGAGAGUAUGAAGGCUCUGACCAUCGUCUUAGGCAAGAUCCAGGGGAAAGGUUUGGGCUCCUUCUUCGUGGACAUCACCCUUCAGACCAGGACUUUAUUGGAUGACGAGAACGACAGUGUGAGGUGUUCAGCCUUCAUUUUGUUUGGGCAACUGGCUGCUUUUGCUGGGCACAAAUGGAGGAAAUUUUUCACCAGUCAGGUGAAGCGGACACAACAUUCCCUCCUGACCCAUUUACAGGACAGCAACCCCAAGGUUGCCAAGGCAUGUAAAACAACUAUUCAAGCCUGUUCUCCAUAUCUGAAACUGAGGAAGGAGUUCAAUUUCCAGAACGAAGAAGAGCAAAGGAAUCCCAAACUCUGUCGGCAGCUGAGCCACUGUCAUCCAGAGCUCCUGCAGUUCUGCUAUGCAAAUAAAAUCCUGUAAACAUGGAGGGCAGGAAAAUGGUCUCACUCGAGUGUCCAGCUGGGACAUCGUGUGCCCUCUGUUUUGUCUCAUUGGAUGUCUCUUCUGCUUGCUGCUUGUGACUGUAGUAGAAAAGAGGAUGUCAGGAGAGAAGCUGAGAUCAAAAGCAACACCAUGGAGUCGUACACUGAUGCCCAAGGCGAGGUCCUGAAUUGCUUUCACACAUCUCAUUUUCUCCCCACACAGGUUUGAUGAGAAGGCGCAGUUUUCUUAGAGUCAUUGAAGGUAUAUGUGAGUUCAAUGCUUAUUUCUCAACUAGUUUCUCCUGAAGUUUAUCUGUGUCACUUUGUAUUUCUAACAUUUAACUUCUGUGACUUGGGAGAAUAAUUGUUACCUUGAGGUGUUUUUUUAAAAAAUGUAUUUGCUACUAAUAUUUUGCUAUUUGCUCUUGAGACUUCUUCUCAUGAUUUACAGUUGGCUGAGAUAACCAGGAAGGUAGUUUUCAGGGAUAUCUUCAGCUUUUCAGCAUCUUAAAAACUCAUUGUCUUCAAGAUCACCUUUUAAGAGAACUAACAAAGAAAAAAGCAUCAGUGAAGCAUGUGUUGAACAUUCCCAGGCUGAUGAUAACUUACGGAAUAAAAAUGCCAAGUACUGGGCUGGAGAGAUAGCUCAGUGGUUUACACACCUGCCUGGCAAGUGCAAGGUCCUGAGUUUGAUCCCUGGUAAAACAAAACAGUACCAUUCAUUGAGUAAUGAUUUAAUUAUAAUAUAUUGGGCAUUAUGUAAGAAUUUUUAAAAUGUAUUACAUAAUUCUCAUAACAAUCUCAUGA